AUGUUGAUCCCUCCGCGAAGAUCGAAAGUAGAGAAGAUGAAAUAUGAAGGCAACAAUUCGCCUGCCGCGUCUGGUAUCAAUCGUGCUCGUGGCCGACCGAUGAAAAGGAGACCUGAGCUCAAACUUCCUAACACCAUUCAACGGAAACGAGAGAAGCUCUUACAACAGAGUCUGAGAGCAGCAGUGACAAAUAACCCUGAGCCAUAUGAACUCUCACCACUGGAGGCCCUCCCUGUGGAACUGAUUCAACAGAUCUUUUUCUACAGCCUGGAGGUCAACCUGCCUCGAGCAUCAUCACAUAUUGCUGCCGUUUUAUCUAACCCAUCAAUAUACUCAGCUUUGAUCUUAUUCGCCUACUUCCAAGAAGAUGGUGAAAGUCCUGUUGAAGAACAACUAUUCCUACCUGCUCAUUACCGCGUGAUCAGCGUGGAGGACAAGAUCCGGUUACAGCAAAGCAUACUAAGUUGUCAAUGGUGCGAUGUUGACCUUUUCAAGUCCUGCAUGCCAAAUCUGAGUCGACUUCAAAUGAUCCAAGCCUGGCAUCGUGAGACGAAGGCGGAAGCCGAGCUCGAUACAUCUGAAUGUCCCCAGGGCCCACAAAAUCCAGCUAUUGAACAGAGGAACAACCAAGGCCUUCAGCCUUUCGCUGCACGACCUCCCUCAAUCACCGACAUAGAAGUACUUGAAAGACACUUCAUGGCUAAAGCGUCUCCUGCCGGAAAUGAUUUCCAAGCAUCAGAUGGUCAAUUUGGUCUUUCCGCUUACACGAUGCUGAACUCCCUCUCUCAAGGCAGUCAGGCUGUUCGCCUCUUCGGACCCACCGGGCAUGGAAAUUAUCUUCCACGCAUAGUCCUAUGGAGAAGUUAUCUUGGGUACAGCAGCCCAAAGCCUUUUCACAAGAUGGUCGAUGGCUGUGCCUCAAUUAUUGGUACACGAAUCCUGCCAGAUCAUAUACUCGAGGGCAAUCCAUCAUGGGAUAAACCCAAGCUGGAACUACUGAUGCUUCUGCGCCAAGGUGCUCGCUUUUUCCACCCGGUGCACGAGUUCGAGCGUCGGCAUCUCGAGUGCUCACCUGGUGCGCUUUACGAGGGGAUGGCUUCGGCAAUCAAAUCCCAUAACUUGGACGCCCUUCUGGUUUUGCUUGAGAUUCACUUCGACUGCAUGAGAGAUCCAGAACGACUGAGCGACGAUCGUAAAACACCACACCAUAUUGCAGUGCUAUUCACAAGUCCUAUCCCCGUAGCAUUAUUUCACCUGGCGUGCGAGCAACCAUAUCCAGCCUCUUCAUUUCUGUUGUCUCCACUGAUUCGGGAAGGAAUCGACAGUAUCCCACUCGAUGACAGGAUAUUGACGGCAUGGGCAGUACGCCAUAGCGAUGAUAGGGUGGCAGGAUUUCUCUUGCGACAUAUGGAAGGUGCAAAUGACUAUGGAAAGUACGGAGAGCCUGUGUUGUUUUGGAAUGGGUCGCAGACGCGAACGAGACCACAAGAUCCCCCGUUUCCCGAUACAUCGUUCACCCAACAGAUUGGAUAUCUCGAACGCGAUGUAAUUGUCCUUUGA